CGAUUCCUCUAUCCCUGCCGCGACUCCCAAUCCUUCCAGCAUCCAACUCUGAAUACUCCUCGACUCGACACUCGCCCAUCCUUCAUCCUCUCUCUCCACUCCACGCUGCCACUUUGGCCUCUCUCGUUGCCGCGUUUUGCUUCUCGUCCAACCGUCCCACAUCUCUACAGAACCUCAUUAAACUUGCGCCUGUCUCUGUGGCAUGGAAGACACACUACCACCCAAUUACUCGACCCACCAGUCCGUUCCGCUCCAUAAUUCCUUGCUCCUUGUAACACCUUAAAUAUGGAUCCUGGCGGAAAGCCGCAGACAAAGCCCGACGGCAAUCAAGACCCAUCGCCUCGUGUCGCACAUACCUUAACCGCCUGUUGCCGUUGCAGAACUAGAAAAACACGUUGCGAUCCAGGCAUCCCUCGUUGCGGCCCUUGCGAGCGCACCAAUUCUCAUUGCGAAUACUACGACCCUACCAAAGGCACCCGCAUUCCCCGCAAUUACGUCGUCCAUCUACAGCACAAGGUCCGCGAUCUGGAGAAGCAGCUCGCUGACUUGGAGAAAGACGAUGGAGAUCCAGAUCCCGAAGAUACCGUGCGUAAUGCUGCCUCUGUGCACAUCCUCGAGACCAACGAGUCAAAAUACCUGGGUUCUGCAAGCGGCACAACUCUCACUCGAUUAGUGAUGCAGCUCGCAAAGCAAUUCACCGAUUCGAAAAGUAUAUCAGAAAUCGUGCCGAAUGCGCGACAGCGUAUGAUCAAGGAGCAGACAUCCAAGGAGACAGAAAAGCCAACUUCAAAAAUAUACCCGCUCAUCAGCAAUGUCGCCGCGGAAGAACUGCCUACACGAGACCUGACCAACCGGCUGGUCCAACUUUUCUACAUGAAAGUGCAUCCCUUGUAUCCGCUCUUCCAUGAGCCCACCUUUACGCAAGACGUAGAAGACAUAUACAAUGGCUCGUCGGAUCCUCACAAAAACUUCUGCCUAAGGAUGGUCAUUGCAAUCAGCUUACAGAAAAUGGAUGCUCAGUACGCCGGACUUGCUGAUAGUUACUAUCUAGCCGCCCUGAAGUUCAUGGAACCAGCCAUCCGCCCAAUGAACCUCAGCACUCUACAGUGUUUUGCCCUCGUAGGUGGCUAUUCGCUCCUGACACCAACUCGCACGGCUGUCUAUUAUCAAAUCGGUCUUGCUGUGCGGCUUGCUCAAGCAUUGGGUAUCAGUGAAGAGAAAACUCUGGUGCGGGGCAGAGGCGGACAGCUGGCCGACCCUCUGCAGAUUGACAUGAGACGUAGGCUAUUCUGGUGCCUGGCCACUAUGGAUUUUGGCCUUGCACACGGUCUUGGUCGUCCUGCUACCUUUUCCACCGGACGUGAUCACAUUGACGUGAAUUUCCCAGAACUGGUGGACGAUCAGUACAUCACAAAGGAUGGCAUACUUCCAGCACCCCAGACAUCCUUGCGGAAAUGGAUCUCGAUACACUUUUGCAAGAUGCGGUUACUGCAAGUCGAAAUCAGACGAAAGCUUUACCAGAGAAAGCGACGUGACCCCAAGUCCGACCAAGAUCCAUGGUUCCGAGAGAUGGAGGCGAAGCUGAUUGCGUGGCGUGACACGAGCCCUGAGAUGGAUGCUGGAUCGGGGCUUACGAAGACCUGGUUUAUUGGAAGGUAUAACACCAUGAGAGUCUUUUUAUAUCGUCCCUCUCCUCAAGUACCAAGACCCUCGCAAAGAGCUGCUCUGCAGUGCUAUGAUGCAUGUGAGUACAACAUACACCUGCAACGCAAGCAAAUCGAAACGGGCAGCGUCGACAUUACCUGGGUCUUUGCGCAGUCCAUCUUCAUGGCUAUCAACACUUUGCUCUGGAGUCUUUCGUACUCGGAGGUCCGCCGACUACAUCCACGCACGGAUGUAGAGCACCACCUAAAAACAGCCCUGGAUAUUAUCGAGUCAGCCUCGACCCGAUGGCCUGGAGUGACUUCAGCUCUGGAGCUGUACAGACAUCUCACACAGGCCUGUAUGAAGAUAUAUGAAAAGGAUGGAGACAUUCCUAUCGCUGCAAGCUCACCAUCCGACAGCACGUCUAUCGAGGGUUCAAACGUCAAUCGAUCGAGGACGACCAGUCCUGCUGCCACCGUGUCAACCUCAUCGCUGAACACUCCACCGGAGCAACUUAACAGUACACUUGGCUAUGGUAAUAACAACUCUCCAUAUUCCUUGGUAGGAACCACCAGACACAUCCAUUUUCAAGACCCGCCGCCAAGCGACCCAUACAGGACAAGUCCCCACCCUCAUCAACCUUAUCAAGACACCUAUACGGGGUCGGAGUUUGAAUCUAACACGGGAUUUAAUCCUCUGCCUACUACGUUUCCUGACAUGUCACAAUGGAAUCCUGCAUUCUCGAUGCCACCGCAGGAUUCGCUUGGCUUUUCGAAUGGUUCGCAAGCGCUGGGCGGAUUCAGCCCAGAGCAACAGUACAACUUUGACAACAUGGAUAUCCUGCCAGCCGCAGACUUCUUGUCUAGUCAAAACUGGGGUCUGGGCAAGCCGGACUCUGGACUGACGCAAGAGCAACAGGUCGAGCUGAUGCAGAGUCUGGAAACGACGGGUACAGGUCAGAUCGACACAAUGAUUGAGCAAAGCAAUGCGCUUUUCAACCCUGGGGUGCCGUCGUAUUGAAGAAAGUUUCUGCAGCUCCGUGUCUUUGUGGCGAUAUAUUACCUCUUUUUUUGAUGCACGGAGUUUUUUUGGGGCGCAAUGACGGCGUUGGCAGGCAAAAAGCAUGGAGGAAUGGACUGAAUUGAAUGGUGAC